AUGGCAAUUUCCAAGCUCGCCCUGUUCCUGGCGGGAGUCGCAGGCGUCGUCGCAGCUCCGAGCUACGGCCAGGAGCCUCUGAGCUCCAUCGCGCCGUCUAAAUCGUCCCAGUGCAAUCUUCCUCCGAUUUUAGAUCCGACAGGCGAUGGACUCCCCUCUGCCAACGACUUGUUUGCGUCCAAAUCUGCACGAGACCAGCAGAUCAAGCGUCUUCAAGCCAUAGUUCAGGUCCCUUCUAUUUCCUACGAUGACAAUGGACCGGUUGGCGAAGAUAAGCGCUGGGAGCCCUUCUUUGAUCUGCACAAAGUCUUGGAAAAGACAUUUCCCAACGUGCACAAGAAGUCCAAGCUCGAGAAGAUCAACACCCUGGGCCUUCUCUACACAAUCAAAGGCUCGGAUGACAGCCUCAAGCCAGUGCUAUUGAUGGCCCACCAAGAUGUCGUUCCAGUGGCUGACGAAUCGACUUGGACGUACCCUCCCUUUGACGCUGUGUACGACGGCGAGUUUAUCUGGGGCCGAGGAACUUCGGACGACAAGAACAGUCUUACAGCUAUUCUGUCUGCGUUUGAAGCCCUCUUGUCUAACAAAGACUGGGCGCCGAAGCGUACUUUCUUACUUGCUUUUGGAUACGAUGAGGAGUGCUCCGGCUUCCGUGGCGCCGGCGAAAUUUCCGCACAUCUCAAGAAGCAGUAUGGCGAAGACAGCUUUGCCGCCAUCCUAGAUGAAGGUGGUCUUGGAUUGACACAAGUUGACGACGUCCUGUAUGUUCUCCCGGCUGUCACCGAAAAGGGCCAUGUCGACAUUUUCUUUGAGCUGGAUGUCGUUGGUGGCCACAGCUCUGUUCCUUUCCCUCACACCGGUAUUGGUAUUAUUGCGGAAAUCGUCAGCGAGCUCGAAGCCCAUCCUUUCACGCCUGAGCUGAUCGAGGACGGCCCCGUUCACGGCCACUUGAAGUGCCAGGCGCGCUACUCGCCUGAAGCAUAUCCCGAUCUCACGCGCUUGGUCCAGAAAGGCGACUUGGAUGGCAUUGCGCAGUGGCUGGUCGAGGCUGGCCGUAACACGCAGUACAUUGUUCAGACUUCGCAGGCUGUGGACAUUAUCAACGGUGGGCAAAAGAUUAAUGCUAUGCCUGAAAAGACCAUCCUGGGCGUAAACUACCGAGUCGCCCACCAGAAUAGUAUUGCAGAAGUGCAGCAUAAUGCCGUUAAACACGUCGACAGCAUCAUCAAGAAGUACGGCCUGAAGCUUAAGCCAUUUGAGGACGACGAAGAGUAUGAGGAUUACGUCGCCAGUCUCUCACCUGAAGUUCGCGAAAAGGCCGGUUCCAGCGAUGUCGACUACAAGGGCACCUUGGUUCUAUCGACAAAGGGCAAUUUCCAUCCCAGCCCCAUUUCUCCUACCAGUGGCCACGCUUGGGAUGUCUUUGCCGGUACUCUUCGACACAGCUUUGCUUUCGAUAAUGGAACUGUGGUUCCCACCGGAGAGAUUAUGACGGGCAACACUGACACUCGCCACUACAUUGGUCUCUCAGAAAACAUAUGGCGCUUCACCCCUGACCGAUUUCACGCUGAAAACAACAUCCAUACCAUUGAUGAGCAUGCUCGCGUGGAUGGUCACAUUGAGAUGCUCAAGUUUUACUACGACUUUGUACGCAACUUUGACGCGGCGAAAUUUUAA